CACCUGUGGGAAGAUUAGCAGUUUCACGCUUAAGGGCGGGUAGAAUGUGGGCUUGGGGUUGGACACCUGGUGAUGUCCAAGCUCUGGACCAGGUCAAACUGCCUCCAUAACAUAACUCUCAGUGCCAUCCAGCCUGGAUGUUUUGGGGAAGGGGAGCUGCCCCGCACCGGCCGUGAGAAGCGCGCUCCCGCUGCCCCGCUCUCCGCGGCGAGAAGCGCGCUCCCGCCCCAGCACUGGGCGGGGCCUGGCGUGCGCGAGGACGUGUUGCGUGCCUGGCGCUGGUGACGUCAUCGCCACCGUGCGCAACGUUCGGCCUGAGCGGGGGAGGGGCGGGACAGCAUCUGGCAGCGCAGACACACAGAGACCGAGUUCCAGGCCUUCGGCGCAGCCGCUCUGAGCCUUUCGCAGCACUGUUUGAUGGAAGGACACGAAGCAAGUCAAAAUCACGAACACAUGACAACCAUCGAGGCUCACGCGGUCGCCCAGCAAGUCCAACAGGUGCACGUGGCCACGUACACAGACCAUGCAGUCCUUAGCGGAGAGGAUGACUCGCCUUCAUCACCUGAAGAGACUUCCUUUGAUGACUCUGACAUACUAAAUUCAACCAUCACAGAUGAGGUUACAGCCCAUCUUGCUGCAGCAGGUCCAGUGGGAAUGGCGGCAGCUGCUGCCGUGGCAACGGGCAAGAAGCGGAAGCGCCCCCACGCCUUUGAAUCUAACCCAUCAAUACGCAAAAGGCAACAGACGCGUUUACUACGCCCCAAUCGUGUAGUUAGUAAAUACACUGCCCAGAACCUGGCCGUGCAACGGGAAGAUCCCAGCUUCAAAUCUACGUCUGUAACUGAAAAACUACGAGCCACUUUGGAUGAAUAUACAACCAGAGUUGGGCAGCAGGCAAUUGUGCUCUGUAUCUCACCCUCCAAACCAAAUCCAGUGUUUAAGGUGUUUGGAGCUGCACCUCUUGAGAAUGUGGUACGCAAAUACAAAAGUAUGAUCCUGGAAGACCUGGAGUCAGCGCUAGCAGAGCAUGCUCCCACGCCUCAAGAGGUUAAUUCUGACCUUCCACCACUCACCAUUGAUGGAAUCCCAGUCUCUGUAGACAAAAUGACACAGGCACAGCUCCGAGCUUUUAUUCCAGAAAUGCUGAAGUACUCAACAGGACGUGGAAAACCUGGCUGGGGGAAGGAGAGCUGCCGGCCUGUGUGGUGGCCUGAUGAUAUUCCUUGGGCCAAUGUUCGCAGUGAUGUGCGUUCAGAGGAACAGAAACAGCGGGUAUCCUGGACGCAGGCACUGAGGACGAUAGUUAAAAACUGUUACAAGCAGCAUGGGAGGGAGGAUUUGUUGUAUGCUUUUGAAGAUCAGCAGACUCAGCCACAGACACACAUUGCCCACCUCGUCCCUUCUCAGACAGUGGUACAGACGAUCAGUAACCCAGAUGGGACAGUCUCCCUUAUACAGGUUGGCACGGGUGCAACAGUUGCAACUCUGGCCGAUGCUUCUGAGCUCCCAGGAACGGUAACUGUUGCUCAGGUGAAUUACUCCACUGUACAGGAUGGAGAGGUCGAACAGAAUUGGGCCACUCUACAAGGUGGAGAAAUGGCGAUCCAGACGACCCAGGCUUCUGAAGCCACUCAAGCUGUGGCCUCUCUGGCAGAGGCUGCAGUAGCUGCAUCACAAGAGAUGCAGCAAGGGGCCACUGUUACCAUGGCACUGAACAGUGAGGCUGCUGCUCAUGCUGUUGCUACGCUUGCAGAAGCGACCCUUCAAGGUGGAGGCCAAAUUGUGCUCUCGGGAGAAACUGCUGCUGCUGUAGGUGCGCUGACUGGUGUUCAGGAUGCUAAUGUGGCCUUGUACGUUCCUGUAAAGGUUGCCGCUUCUUCCCAGUUGACCGCUGUCUGCAGCAGCUCCACGGGCAGCAAACAACAGAAAGCCCCUGAGUGCAGCAAACCGGAUCGAGAAAUCAGUGUUGGCCUUGUUCAAAUCCCAGUGAGCAUGUAUCAGACUGUUGUGACCAGCUUGGCCCAAGGAAACAGGCCAGUGCAGGUUGCGAUGGCACCUGUGACAACUCGAAUGACAGAAAUUCCAUCGUCUGGAGUAACAGUGGAAGGACAAUCGGUGGAGGUGGUGACACUGGAAUAGUGAGGACAUACAAAUGACAAAACAACAUUACUUCAGAAGUCCAGUUUGGAGUCCUGCAAUCAGGCAUUGUGCAGUAACAAAAGGCCAAGAAAGUAAAAGUAGACCAUACCCCUUGUGGCUUUAGUGUUUGAGAGAGAGAAAAAUCAUGGAAGGACCUCUCGUCUCUUAUAUUACCUUCAAAGAGAUUACAAGCUCUUGUAUUUACUGUUUUAUAUUGGGUGGGUGGGUCGGGGAAGGUAAAAGAAAAUCAAAACUAUUUGUAUACGUUUCUCUGUAUUUAUGCACAAAGUGUUUGUGUUUUUGAAAAUGGCGGAGUGGUCUUGUUUAUUAGUGAACCCAUUUAGGAACUUUCUAAUUUGAUUCCAGAGAUUUGGAUUGACAAGGGUGGGUGGAGCUAGGGGGUGGACCUCUGCAUUUUACAUCACAAUAAAAGUUGGCGCAGUACCAGAAUAACAAUCCUUUUAAAUAUUGAUCUCUGGUUGGUAUGCAGAUUUUUACUUUAUUGCUAUUUUAAAUAUUAAAAUUAAUGCAUAAAGUGUUAUAUCUCUAGUCUCCGCUGUGUUCAACUUCACAGCAUAGCAGUGGGUUAAUCACCAGAGUUUUCUCUUCCAAUCACUGCCCAGUAGCCCCUGUUCGAAUGUUUGUGUGUGUAUAUACAUAUGUGUGUCUAUUGUAUAUACAGAAUAUGUGUGCUACCAUAUCUAAGUUAAUCGGGUUCUGCUCUGAAUUUCCCCACCCCCUUCCACUCCCACAUCCCAUUAUCAUCUUCAGGCUUUGGGCUGAGAGUGGCCAUUUCUGUGAGCUACCUAACAGGUGAAAACACCAAGCAGAGCCUUUGGGAAAAGAGAAGAGUUAAAAGCUGACAGGAAUUUAAGGGGAUUAUGAAGACCAGCAGAAUCCACACAAUGGGACAAGUCAAGAUCAGCAAUCCAUUGGGAAUUAUUUUAAUAGUUUUAAUUUUAUAUAAAUUUUAUUUAAUUCCUGUCAGUUCCUCAGGCAAUGGAUAUAAAAUCCAAGUUUCAACUGCCUUUUUACUGAUGCUUCAGUAAAUAUUGAGCACAAAGGUACCACUUUGAAGGCUUUGGACUCCAGGCACUGAAGAGAGGGAUGUACCUGCAGUGUCUGUCUCAAGACUCCAGUCUACUCACUCCUGCUGUUAGAUCGAAUCCAUGUAAUGAGCAAUCUAUAAAUAGUUGUUUGGAGUUGGAUUAAAACCACUAAAUAUAUAAUAAUAGGGAUACAGUUGCAUUUAUAUAGUGCCUUUGACACAGUAAAAUAUCCCAAAGGAAGGAAAAGUAGACCUAUUGGAGGUUUGUGGAUCGGUGUGAGCAUAGUGCUUACUCUUUGCUUUGGAAAAUGGGGCUAGUUUCCAUAUGAUUCAAUAUGCAGAACAAAGUUGUUCAUUCCUGUAAAGUUAGUCCACAAAUCCAUGUUAAUUCAUAUAAAACAUAUUUUAGAUUUCCAUUGAUGCGCAAGAGUCAAUCUGCAUGAAUGGUAUAAGCUUAUUCAAGGUUCCAGUAUUGUGGUCUGCACCUUUGUUCCUGGUGUUUUUCUGAAAGACUUUUAGUUGUGGAAUUUUCUUGGUGAGUAGAUAAACUCAAAUAAAUAUAAUUAGAAGUGGUGCUAAUAGUAAAUUUCAGGCUUCUCUUGGUAUUGUUCAUGAGACCUUAUCAAAGGAGGGUUAAUGGAUUAUAUGAGUGAUUAGGGCAAGCAAAAACAAAGAUAUGGAUGAUCUUGUUGCAUGGUGUAGAUGCUGUUGUCCAUACCUGGUGAUGCAUGAGAGGUAUUGCGGCACAGUGAUUAAUUCUUCUUGGUAGUUAUGGAAAAGUGAAGAGAACUUAAUAUAAGUCAAACCACUGUGGGGCUGGUUGUUAUUUAAGCUACUUUGAUAUUCCUUGUCAUUGACCUUUCUUGGUCUUGAAAUCAGACCAGAAAACUGUAUUGCAGUGUUGUCACUAGGGUUACUUAGUACUUGUCUCUGUAUUCUAUCAGGAACAAAAGUGAAGUGCCAGUGUACUUUAUGUGCAAUACAUUAUUUCAUCAGCCCUUGUUAGUAAUGUGCCACAUAGUGCUUCGCCUUUGUGUUAAGAGCUUCUCUCCAACCCUGAAUUUUGGGUGUAGAACAUGUGGGGGGCUUCCAUGAUCAUUGUCACACUUUGUUAAAACGUCCUCCUUCUUUAUGACUGUUGUUCAAUCUCUUCUAGCUCAUACACACAACUGAAGCAAGGGUCAGAUAGAAAUACCAAUUUGUCCAACUUGAAGAAAGUCUGAUAAUUUGUGAUAAAGCACUAAUGAGGCAUGUCACCACUGGUAGAAUCAAAGAAUUGUUAUAGGAUAAAACUAUACCAUUGGGCAACACACACACACACACACACACACACACACACACACACAAAGUGCUGGAGGAACUCAGCAAGUCAAGCAACAUCAAUGGAGGGGAUUAAAGGAUUUAGCUCAAAAUAUCGCCUGUUCCCCACCACAAACACUGCCUGACCUAGCCAGUUUCUGCAGAAUUUUGUGUGUGCUUCUCAAGAUUUGUAGUAUCUUUUGUGUUUAUAUUGAGUCCGUGUCAAUAUGAGUUAAAGCAUAUACAGAAAGUUGUUGACUUUGGGUUGUUAGUGGUUGGGAUGAUUAGGAGAAAAAGCUUUGGGAGUAAGUUAGGCUCCACAUAAAAUGUAAUUCUAUACAGUAAGUUGGAAUGGAGUGAAAAUUACUCUGAUAGAUUUUUGGAGAGUGGAGAAAUGUUGGUUUCUAUUUGUUUCUCCAUAUUUGUCCAGUCAGUGAAGUGGACCAAUAAAUACUUGCAGAAGAUAGCCACAAUGGUAUAAUGACACAUUGCAAAGAUGAAUUUUCAUAUAGCUACAAAUACUGUAUAUAUAAUAAUGAAAAGGUCUUUUAAUACUGAAAGUGACUGCAGAUCAUAGAAGUACUGUGGUUUGUUUGCUACCGUAUUUAUUCCCCUUCAAUACUCUGAAAAUGUAUUUGAAUGAAGUAAUUUGCAUUUGAUUUUGUUUACUAUGUUGCUUUCCUUUUUGUUUGGGAAUGUGAUUUGCCAACUAAAGACCGCCAGCAAUUUUUGGGGGGCUUGGCAAGCACAUGGUGUGAAAUAAAGAUGUGAAUAAUCCUGGUAAGAUGGAG